AUGAAUCGGGAAGACGUGGACUGGCUCUGUCGCGAGUCGUCACCGCUCUCACCGCUUCCUUCGUCGCAGGAAGACGCCGACGCCGACGAUGGCGAUGGCGAUGACGAGACCGUCGCACUGUCGCCCACCGCGCUGCGCUCGCCUCGAUCGCCGUCCCCGAAUAAGGUUGGUGCUGGUGCGACCGAGCACGAGCACGACACGGAUCUACGAGCCUCGAAGCGACCUCGGAUGUCGACAGAGUCGGAGUCCUCUGUGCCUUCGCUCCAAUUAGCUCGGGAUGCCACACCUCCCCCUGACCAAGCACGUGACAACGACGCUCAACAAGUCUCCGCGUGUCGACGCGACGAAGCAAUGUCAAUCACUCCGCACGCGCCACCGAUUGCGACCAUCGACACCGCUGUGACGACAAUUCCACCUCGUACGGACGAUGCAUACCUUCAACAACAAUACAUGCCCGCGAAUGGUGCCGCUCUGAUGCUUCAAGACCGCGUCGUCGAAGCUGUGUCGUCGUGGAUCAACGAACCCUCGUCAAUGGUGUUGACUUCCUAUGGGGCAUCGCAAGAGGUCCGACAGCUACAACAAGAACUCGGAUCGCAGGACCUCGAUGAUUGGACACCGUCUUCUCAGGCUGUGCCAUCUUCACCGGCCAUGGCAGAUCUCGUAUCAGGCUGUGAUCCAGCUACCGACGAGACCAGCGCCGAUGAUUCGGGCGUCUUUGUGAUGGAGCCGGACUGCGCAGAGGACGACGGCGAAAACUGUGUUGGAAAUGAUUAUGCAGAAGAAGCAGAGCCUGUAGGAGUGGAUGUGGAAGCUGAAGCAGAAGUGGAAGCAAGCGCAAUCGCCGAGGCCGUGGAUGACGAGAUGGAAGAUUACGAGGGCGACGACAUGUGGGACACCGCGAGACUGGACGACCUAGAUGGGGAACUCGGUCUCUUUCAACCGACAACAAAGCCGAUCACGGUGGGGAAGGAUAAAGGUCGAGCGCAAGACGUGGACGACGACGAACCCUAUCUCGAGGAAGAGAACACGGAGGAGCAAUUGCGCCAAUUCGGAUUCGGCCACGUCCCACUAGGCUUCCAAUUCGCCAACUCUCAGGCCCAAGACUUUUCGGUAGGCACAUUCGUAUUCCGCAGUAAAGCUAUGCCGAAAGAGAUCUCAAAGGCCGAGCUCGACAGAAUCAAGGCGUUGCUCGAUGCCGACGACGAGGACGAUCAAGGCGGCGAACAGCCGACAACGCAACGACCAGUCAUUGCCACUCGCGAGCUUCCAGCGUUCGUCCCACCCAUGCUCAACAGACCCGGCGGCCGAACACAAGGCACGGAUCGCCCACGCGAGAUGGCAAGCAAGGUGCCAGUUUCUACCCCACAGUUUGCUCGGCCGCUGAUCGCCCCGACGUCACAAGCGCCAAACCUACCGCCGUCGUCUCUUCCCCUGACGCCACACACCGCAUCGAUGGCCCCUUCGAGCGAUGUCUUCGGUUCCGGAUCACGGUCGGCCGCACCACUCGCCUUGUUCUCAAGAGCGAAUGGUCGACCCCUCCCAGCCCCUUCAGAAGACGCUCUUCAGGUAUCUCGCGCGAUGAUGGAAUUCUCUCCGCCCCGAGCACGCCCGUCUUCCCGCGGCAUAACUUCACCGAACCCGAAUCACAAGGUGGAUACACCGACCAAGGUUGGCCGUCGAUCUCCAUUACUUUCUAUUGAAAAUGGCUUCGCUCCCGCUAGGGCAGUAUUACCAUCAUCGAGUAUCGCAACGGCCGAGGUCGAGUUGCCGACCGUCUCUCCGUCUCCAAAGGUGCCUUCGCCGGUAUCGACUGCGCAAGUCGCCACACCACAGCCCAUCCGGACUUCCAUGCGUCCAUCCUCCGCCUUUCGACCACCGUUCCUAGGUGGUCCCACGGCCGUGAUAUCUACCCCAGCCGGUGUCAAGACUGCACCAGCGAUGCGUCGAUUAAACCUCGGUAUGACUCCUCGCGCGCGAGUUGGGGUGAAGAGGUCGCCCGUCCCCAAGUUUACGACGCCGUUCAAAAAUGGCAAGCGUCCCGAGGGCCUCACGCCUGCCGGUAUCGCUCGAGUUGACCGGACACCGGCAAAAGCUCAGGGGUCCAACGUCGCGAGGGCUACACCCAAGAUCAAUAACAUUCAGUCGGCAGCGACCGAGGUGGUACGGCGGCGCAAUACCAUGAGCGUCUUUGAUUUCAGCGCACCCAAGGAACCAAGACAAAGUCUGCGGGAGUUUGGUCUGUACCCUGGAACGGUUGAUGAAGCAACUCUUCGCGCCCUUGAUAUGUGAGUCUUGUCCAAAGCGGCAACAAGAGCUUAAGUGAGCCAGUUCUGACCCGGCUCGGACCACCCACAGACCUCUGGAUAUCAUCCAAAUGGACCACAUGCGCGCUGAAAAGUAUGCGUUCCCAGGCGGACUCGGUGCUGCGCAAGCCCUGCAGUCGCUUUUUUUCGCCGGUUGCGAUUACGCCACUUUGCCCUGGGUCGCCAACCAUUGGUCGCUCGUCGUCUGGAAACUCGCCUCGUACGUUCGUGUCGAGCCGACGAUGUACAAGCAGGCCGAGUGGUGGUCUUUCCAAGCUGCAAUCCGCCAGUUGAAGUAUCGCUAUGAACGCGAGAUAAAUCAAGCCCAACGGUCCUGCAUCAAGCGCAUACAGGAGCGGGACUCGAGCAGCUCGUUGCCGAUGGUGCUGUGCGUGUCCAAGAUACGUUAUGGGGAUCCGAACUCUUUCGGCGACGAGGUGGAAGAGAGUCAUACUGGCCGCAUGGAUGUUGCUGGACUCGAGUUGACGGACGGCUGGUAUCGGAUACGAGCCAAUGUUGACGCGACGCUGAAGAGCGCAGUCGAGAGGGAGAAAGUCAAAGUUGGAAGCAAGAUUGCUGUUUCAGGUGCCAGGGUGAGUCGAUCGAUAGAAAAACCUCGUCAUUUUGAGCGAAAUCUUUCCCACUCAGACUGACUCGGGGUCUCACGUUAUUUACUCAAUUAGCUUGAAAAUUCUUCCGAGGGAAUCGACGUACUAGAAGCUUUGUAUACCACCUCGCUCGCCAUCACCGGCAACUCUACCUCUCUCGCACGAUGGGACGCCCGGCUGGGCUUCACCGGCCAUGCCUUUACGGCCACACUCCGAUCGCUUAGUUCCGCAGGAGGCGUCGUGCCCCUUCUCGACGUCAUCGUCGAACGAGUCUUCCCUCGUGGAUACAUCGACGCGGGAAAAGGAUCAGGGGGUGAGCCAUGGAAUGAGGCGGAAGAACGACGGCGACAAGAGGAAUGGCUGGUGAGUUUCGCACCAAACCAGAUCUCUUGUCAUCUGAGACUUAUGCCAAGCGGUUCCUUUCGAACAGAAUGGAAGCGCUAAAGCUCGGAACGGAGGUGACAAGGCCGCCAAGGCGAUGGCGUUGUGGGAUGAGUUGACGGACAUGCUCCGUGAAGCGGCUGAGACAAGCAACAAUGGUCCGGAGACGGCUCGGUCUUCGUCAGGUGCGUUCCAUUCUGCCCAAAGAGAAUAGUUCGAAGACUGACGGACGGCUUGGCUUUCCAGAUGAUCACGAUCCGGACGAGGUCUUGGAUCGGCUUAAAGAGGCAGCGUCCCGUAUUCAACGGGCCAACAUUGUUCGUCGUUUAUCGUCUCAACACGUUACCUCGUGUUUGGACAAGUUGGCGGAGCGGGCUGAAAUAGCCAAGGAAAGACGGUCUCGCGGCUAUGACGUGGACGAAUCGGUGAGUAUAUCUAGGCCUGUACGAUGACCUGUCCUUGGGCCGAUACUUCCGUUCGACCUCUCAGCAGAUGCAACGUGCUCCACGAAACGUUCGAAGCUUCCGCGUCAUUCGCAUUCGGGAUGCUCUUGUCACGGACGAGACGAAAUCGCAGCGCACUGCACAACUCACGGUGUGGGACUGCGACCACCUUGGCGAUGACUUCUUGCGGGAGGGAAAACGAUAUAUGGUGAGUCACGACAUAUACUGCGUAUCGAGUACAUGGCUUAUGAAUGAUCGGGCCCAUCACAAUCGCAACCAGAUCUCGAACGUUGUACCAAAAGGCGUGUGGAAUUUGCGCAGCAGCGAAAUCACCCUCUCGACACGCAAGGAUGCGAAAUGGAAACGAUUAGCCGCCUCGGGCGUUCCCAUCGAUGACGAUGUAGACUCUCUCUGA